CUGUGUUUAUUGUGUUCAAGGGAAGCAGGCACAUUCCUGUGAAAUGAAGUUGGAUCCCCCAAUGGUUUUUGUGGAGUAUGGAGGUUCCACUUCAGUCAACUGCAGCACAUCAUCAUGCAACAAUGUUGAGGGGAUAACCUGGGAGUCUACAUCUGGAAGAAUAGGCUUCAAAGAGGGGGUCUCCACUGUAGAGUUGAAGAUUGACGAAGUAAAAGACUGGCUUACAAAACCGCAGUGUUUUGUGUGGGCUGAUGGUAACCAGACAUUGAAAAGGUUACCAAUCACCAUUUACAAAAUGCCAAAGAAAGUAUCCAUGCCUAAGCCCAGAAGCCCUAUGUAUACCACUGGUGGAUCUGAACUCCUACAGUGCGAUGUUGAAGAUGUUGCGCCAGCGGACAGGCUUGUCAUAUCCUGGUACAAAGAAAAUAAGAUGAUUUUUCAAAGGGCCUCUGAAGACAAAGGUAAAGUUCCAGUCAAUGAAUCUUUACAAGCAUUCAUAGAGGUGGACGCAGCGGAUGAUGGAGUGGAGGUCUGGUGUGAAGCGAAGCUAAACCUUACAGGACAAAGUCCUGCACCGAUGCGAUCAGAGUCACAAGUUUUAACAGUUUUCUGUAAGUUUGAUACAUUCUCUUGAUUUAUCCAUCAGUAGUAGUCAA